UAACUGUCAGUGCAAUGCAAUAUGUGUCCCUUGGCGCUUUGCUCCCGCAACCUGCCACAUGUGUUCAAUUGGCAAGCGACAGGCAUACAUCUUUGAAGAUGGGACGCGGUUGAGCUCUUGAGGCGUAGCUUUCUUGUUCGGACAUAGUUAAUGCUCUUGGCGCGCAAGGGAACUUCAGAGUUCGAUGCAUCGCAUGGGCCUGCCAGCGCCAGCAGGAGCGGCAGGGCCAAAACACGCCAACGGACGCGAUGAUUCGCCUUUCCUGGUUCUCCCUCGUCGUGUCCUUGCUGGCACCGACAGCAUCCCUAGGCCGGCGGGGCGACCAGGAGCCCUUGACGGGAAAGUUUAACAACGCAGCUUGUCCGGACUACGCCCUCUAUGCCACCUUCUCGCAUCCACCGCUCAGCAAGGGACCCCUUAAGCUUCCGUUUCAACGACCGGACCCUCGCUGCCGGACCUUCCACUCGGACGCAAUCGAGAAAGUCAUCCGCGAUGUGACCUCGCGGAUGAAGGACCCGGAUCUCGCCCGGCUAUUCGAGAAUGCCUACCCCUCGACUACCGACACGACGGUCAAGUUCCACACAGACGGGAAGGAUGACAAGAUCAAACAGAAGCUGCGCAGUCGGAGGGAGAAGGAUGCUUGGCUGGACGACGGCGAGUGGGAAGGCCCGCAGUCUUUCAUCAUCACGGGAGACAUCCUGGCAGAAUGGCUACGGGAUAGCACCAACCAGUUGAAGCCAUACCAGCAGCUGGCGAAAAAGGACCCCGCCAUUUUCGAUCUCAUCCUGGGCGCCAUCAACACGCAGAGCGAGUAUGUAAUCCAGUCCCCGUACUGCAACGCCUUCCAGCCGCCACCCAUCUCGGGACUGCCCAUCAGCCUCAACGGACAGGACGACGUCGUGCACCCGAUGUACGACCCAAGCAUUGUCUUCGAGUGCAAGUACGAGCUCGACUCGCUGGCGCACUUCCUCGCCCUCGCCAACGAAUUCCACCACCACACCGGCAGCACGGCCUUCCUCACGCCGCGCUGGUACAAGGCCGUCGAGACGCUGCUGUCGGUGCUUGGCGCGCAGAACCAGAGCACCUUCGACCCGGAGACUGGCGCGUACCGGCCGAACGUCUACACGUUCCAGCGGAACACCAACACGGGCACCGAGACGCUCAGCCUGAACGGCGUCGGCAACCCGCUCAACAGCGGCACGGGGCUCAUCCGCUCGGCCUUCCGCCCCAGCGACGACGCCACCGUCCUGGGCUUCUUCGUGCCCGCCAACGCGCAGAUGGCCGUCGAGCUGGGGCGGACGGCCGCGGUGCUGCGGUCGACGGGCGACGAGUCGGACGCGGCGCUGGCGCAGACGCUGGCCGACUGGGGCCAGCGCAUCGCCGAGGGCGUCUGGGAGCACGGCGUGGUGCGCCACAAGCGCUACGGCGACGUGUUCGCGUACGAGGUCGACGGCUACGGCAGCGCGCUGCUCAUGGACGACGCCAACUACCCGAGCCUGCUGGCGCUGCCGCUCAUGGGCUUCGUCAAGGCGGACGACCCGACCUAUCGGAACACGAGGCGGAUGCUGCUGGAGAAGGAGGGGAAUCCGUAUUUUCUGACUGGAAAAGAAUUCAAGGGCAUCGGAGGACCACACAUCGGGCUGCAGAAUGCCUGGCCGAUGAGCCUACUCGUGCAGGCCCAGACGUCGGACGACGACGACGAGAUCAUGGAGUGCUUGGAUCUGGUGCUCAAGUCGAGCCAGCUGGGGCUGGUGCACGAGAGCAUUCACGUGGACUAUUCCCACGCGUAUACGCGGAGUUGGUUCGCUUGGGCGAACGGGGUGUUUGCCGAGACGAUUCUGGACUUGGCGAGACGGAAGCCUCAUUUGAUAUUCAAGGAUUCGAGGCCGUACGAGGUGUAGCUCAGAUAGAACCCGUGAGCUGGCCUCGGGGAAAUGGGAUUGCCUGGCUCUCUGGAUUCUGUCCCGAGUAUUACCGUACAUAGCAUCAUUGAUAUCAUACAACCGGGUGGUUCGAGGAGCUCUCUUUACAAC